AUGCAUCAGGCCACUGACAAGAAUCGCAGUGUAAAGACUUUAUCCUACAAGCAGCUCAAACACGAGUUUGAUGUUGCCAGCUUGUUAUUUUCAGGAAGAGAAACAGACAGCAACUGGGGAACGAGACAAGCAUUCUUUGCAAAGACCAAAGCAUUUCUCUCGUCAGACGAUGCAAAGACAUAUAAGAAGGAGCUUAUUGACAAGAUACAUGAAGUGAUUCCUGGAGUUUACAAAACUAUCAAGAGUAUCAGAACCACACUCAUAGAAGAAGCGCUCUCUUUAGUAGAAGCUAUUGGAACUUAUGUGGGUGAUUCCAUCAACAUGCACACCAAUGAAGCUAUCUUGCUAUUCUUGAUGAAUGAAAGCAGUGUUACAAAGAAGGCCACUGCAUUAAGAGCUUUUGAGGCUACCAACAACUAUUUGACAAGAAUCAGAUUUCGCCCAAAGGUGUUGACCAUCUUGUGCACAAAAGCUCAAGAGAAGAAUCCUCAGCUUCGAGAAUUCGCCCUUGGUUAUAUCAAGACAGUGCUUUCCGUCCAUGGACCAGCCAACAAAUCAAAAUUCAUUGAACACGCCAGCUUGGCUCAAGCUGUUGCCGACACUCUUCAAAAAGGUUUGGUCGACGCUGCUCCCACUGUCAGGUCGGCAUGCAAAGAAACCUAUUACGUGUUUGAGGAACAGUUGCCUACUGCAGCAUACAAUCUUGCUAGCAAACUGGACAUCACCAUUCAACGUCGACUAGGCAUCAACAUUACCCAGCUAUCAUCUACUACAAGUAAGCCAGCAAAACCUCUUCUUCAUCGUACAUCAAAAUCCACAGCAAGCACCAUCAAGAAGCCUACAAGCAGUAUGAGAAUUAACAGAGCCGCAAAAUCCAAUAUUAAAGCUGCUAUGCAAAAACCAUCUAAUUCAACACCCUCAAUUGCUUCCAAGUCUCAUACAUCCGGAUUCAAUUUGCCGAAUCAUCAUCAAACAAUGACAGAGCCAGCACAAACACCAUCUUCUGCGGCCAUGCCUUGUACUGAAAUAGAUACUGCAUUGAACACUACACCAAGCACUGAAUCAAGUUCUAUGACAAGCACUCUAUUAAGCACUGAGCCAGGUUGCAUGAUAAACACUAUACUAAGCACUAAAUCAGAGACAAUCAUGAGCAUGGUACCAAGUGCCGAAUCCGACUCUAUGAUGAACACUUCACCCAGCGCCAGUUUAGAUAAUAUGAUGAGCACUGCACCCAAUACCACACUCAUCCUGGAGCCAUCAUCAAGCACUACAACUGAUUCGCAAAAAGUGUCACCACAAGAAAAUGACCUGUCAGCAAGCGAUCCACAAGCAUUGCCGCCAAAUUCUGAAUCACAAGAAUUGUCAUCAAAUUUCAAUUCCCAAGAACUGUCAUUGAGCUUUCAUCCACACGAAUUGCCAUCAAGCAACAGCUCACAAGAAUCAACAGCAGAUGUCAAUCCAAGGGAAUCAUCAUCACAGCCUACAGAAACAUUAUCAAUUGCGGCAAAAAAUCUUCCUCAUUCAGUGAAAAUACCAUCUCGUCGUGAAUCAGGAGUAAUGCCUUCACCAACGUCACCUUCUAGCAAUGAAGGAUCCAAAUCACCCCUACAUCUCACAAGAAAGACAUCAGCCGGAUCUAUCAAGAAACCUGUGAGCCCACAUAGCAUCAGCAAAACAGCAAAAGCGAUCAAGAACUCUCGUAGUGCAAUGUCACCUAUAUCCAACACUGAAAUACCAGCCAGAACCAGCUCUGUGUCCAACACAACAUCAACCGUAACAACUGCAAAGCAGCCCCGUCAAUUAGACCUUGCAACUCGACGUCGCCUAGGUUUAUUGCCUGCAAGGCCCGUGCCAAAAUCUCAAGCAUCACACACCUUGGCCAGUAAUGAAGAAUCCAAAUCACCCCUACAUCUCACAAGAAAAACAUCAGCCGGAUCUAUUAAGAAACCUGUGAGCCCACAUAGCAUCAGCAAAACAGCAAAAGCGAUCAAGAGCUCUUGUAGUGCAAUGUCACCUAUAUCCAACACUGAAAUACCAGCCAGAACCAGCUCUGUGUCCAACACAACAUCAACCGUAACAACUGCAAAGCAGCCCCGUCAAGUAGAUCUUGCAACUCGGCGUCGCCUAGGUUUAUUGCCUGCAGGAUCAGCUCCAGAACCUCUCAAACUUGACAAUCUGCCAUCACCAUCAUCAACUCCCUCUACCAGCAACAAAAGUCCACGACCCAGAUUACGAAAAAUCGGUGGUCUGUGCCAUAAAUACGAUCAUAUCAAAUCCCGUUACAAAGAUAUACCCAAACGCAAUUAA